CCAGGCCUAUUCACUGCAUGUAUCUUCAUGAGACAGAAUUAAUCUUUUUUUUUCUGUACACAAUUUGAAGAAAUGUAAACUUGACUUAUUUUGACACACAUAUUCUCUUGUGUAGGUAAGCUCAUAUCACAUACAGUAUGUAUAGAAUUUAGUCCACAAGAAUAUGUAAUAUAUAGUGAAUCUACAGCUGCUAAUAUUAUGAGGAAUAGGUUUUAAUUGGUGUUAAUUAAAGCCUGUUUUGUAUAACAUACACCUACUUGCAGGGUCAUAUGCUUUUCAUUAUAAUAAAAGUGUGGCCUAAGUUAAACCACAUUAGUCCAUAUCUGGUCACUACUUCACACAUCCCAUGUAAACUGAUUGCUGUUUGUAGGUACUUACGCAUAACCCCAUGCAUCCACCAUGCUCAGACCAAAGAUCAGCUGAUGCUAUAUCCUCUUGCCCCAUUUCAUGUCAUGCAUUUGGAGCUACAUUUGACUGAAUAUGUUUGUCAGAAAUAUAACAUUGUACUGGACCGUCCAAAAAAGUUACAGGGAAAGUCUCAUCUAAAUGGACUGCACAAAGCUGGAGAUGUGGUUUUAGGUGGGAUAUUUGAGAUCCACUUCUUUUCUGUCUUUCCUGACCUGUCUUUUACCUCAGAGCCACAGCAGCCUACCUGCCAUGGUUUUUUAAUUUUAGGGUUCAGGACUGCCAUGACUAUGAUCUUUGCAAUUGAUGAGAUCAACAGAAACACCAACCUGCUACCUAAUGUGACUCUGGGAUACAGUCUUUAUGAUAACUGCUACAAACUACAGAUAGGAUUUCGUGCAGCAAUGUCACUCAUCAGUGGUCAAGAAGAGAAGUUUAUAUUAGAUGAGACCUGUCAAGGAACCCCUCCAGUCAUGGGGAUUGUGGGUGAUUCUUUUUCUACAAGUUCUAUCGCCAUCGCCUAUGUCACAGGUUCUUACAGAGUACCAAUGGUGAGUUACUUUGCCACAUGUUCCUGUCUGAGUGACCGGCAGAAGUUUCCAUCUUUCUUUAGGACGAUCCCAAGUGAUGGUUUCCAGGUGCGUGCUAUGAUUCAGAUUCUAAACCACUUCGGCUGGACUUGGGCAGGUCUGCUGGUCAGUGACGAUGACUAUGGGCUCCAUGCCGUUCAAUCUUUCCAGUCUGAAUUUGUCCAGUCUGGUGGAGGUUGUCUGGCCUAUGUUGAGAUCUUGCCCUGGGAAAAUGACCGAGCUGAAAUAAAGAGGAUUGUGGAUGUGAUAAAGAAAUCCACAGCUCGUGUGGUCAUUGGGUUUGCACAUGAGAGUUACAUGAUAAACCUUAUUGAAGAGUUGCUGAGGCAGAAUGUGACAGGCCUGCAGUGGAUUGCAAGUGAAUCCUGGAUAGCAGUUACUGUAUUUCAGACCCCCCAUCUCAUGCCAUACCUGGCUGGCAUUCUAGGCAUCGCCAUCCAUCGAGGAGAAAUACCAGGGCUCAGGGAAUACCUGCUACAAAUACGUCCAGACCUUCACCACAACAACAGCUAUGGAAAUAACAUAGUGAAACUGUUUUGGGAAUACACAUUUCAGUGUAGAUUCCCACCACCUCCAGAGGGUUGGGUGGACGAUGGAGGAGCAUUAUGUACUGGGCAGGAAAAUCUAGAGGAUGUGGAGACUGAGUUGUUGGAUGUUUCCAAUCUCAGGCCAGAGUAUAAUGUGUACAAGGCUGUGUAUGCUCUGGCCUAUGCCCUUGAUGACAUGCUGCAGUGUGAGCCAGGGAGAGGGCCUUUCAGUGGGCACAGCUGUGGCAAUUUGAAAAGACUGGAGCCAUGGCAGCUUCUACAUUAUUUGCAAAAGGUCAACUUCACCACAUCAUUUGGUGAUCAAGUGUCAUUUGAUGAGAAUGGUGAUGCUUUCCCAAUCUAUGAUGUCAUGAACUGGCUGCAGCUCCCUGAUGGAACAAUAAAACUGCAGAAUGUGGGUGAGGUUAGAAGGUCGGCAUUCAAAGGGGAAGAACUCACAAUUGAUGAAAAUAAAAUCUUCUGGAACUUUAAGUCCAAAAAGCCACCCCGGUCUGUGUGUAGUGAAAGCUGUUCUCCAGGUACCCGCAUGGCCAGAAAGAAAGGGGAACCUGUGUGCUGUUUUGACUGCAUCCCUUGUUCUGAAGGAAAGAUCAGUAAUGAGACUGAUUCCAUGGAGUGCAAGAGUUGUCCAGGGGACUUCUGGUCCAGCCCAAACCGUGACAACUGUGUUCCUAAAAAAACAGAGUUCCUUUCCUUCCAAGAGCCUCUGGGUAUCUGCUUGACAGCUGGCUCAUUACUUGGCACAUCUAUCUGUGCUAUUGUCCUGGGGAUCUUCACCUUUCAUCGAAGCACACCUAUGGGGCAGUUUCAUCUAAAUGGGAUGCACAAAGCUGGAGAUGUGGUUCUAGGUGGGCUGUUUGAGAUCAACUUCUUUUCUGUCUUUCCUGACCUGUCUUUUACAUCAGAGCCACAACAGCCUACCUGCUAUGGUUUUUACAUUCCAGGGUUCAGGGCUGCCAUGACUAUGACCUUUGCAAUUGAUGAGAUCAACAGAAACACCAACCUGCUACCUAAUGUGACUCUGGGAUACAGUCUUUAUGAUAACUGCUAUAAACUACAGAUAGGAUUUCGUGCAGCAAUGUCACUCAUCAGUGGUCAAGAGGAGCAGUUUAUAUUAGACAAGACCUGUGUAGGAACCCCUCCAGUCAUAGGGAUUGUGGGUGAUUCUUUUUCUACAAGUUCUAUUGCCAUCUCCUCUGUCAUAGGUUCAUACAGCGUACCAAUGGUGAGUUAUUUUGCCACAUGUUCCUGUCUGAGUGACCGGCAGAAGUUUCCAUCCUUCUUUAGGACGAUCCCAAGUGAUGCUUUCCAGGUGCGUGCUAUGAUUCAGAUUUUGAACCACUUUGGCUGGACUUGGGCAGGUCUACUGGUCAGUGAGGAUGACUAUGGACUCCACGCUGCUCGAUCCUUCCAAUCUGACUUUGUUCGGUAUGGUGGCGGUUGUCUGGCCUACACUGAGAUCUUACCCUGGGAAAAAGACCAAGCUAAACUAAGGAGGAUUGUGGAUGUGAUGAAGAAAUCCACAGCUCGUGUGGUCAUUGGUUUUGCACAUGAGAGUAACAUGAUUAAUCUCAUGGAAGAGGUGCUGAGGCAGAAUGUGACAGGCCUUCAGUGGAUUGCAAGUGAAUCCUGGAUAGCAGCUCCUGCAUUUCAGACCCCCCAUCUCAUGCCGUGCCUGGCUGGCAUGCUAGGCAUUGCCGUCCGUCGAGGAGAAAUACCAGGGCUCAGGGAAUACCUGCUACAAAUACGUCCUGAUCAACACCACAACAACAGCUAUGGAAAUAACAUAGUGAAACUGUUUUGGGAAUAUACAUUUCAAUGUAGAUUCACACCACCCUCUGCAGGUUGGGUGGAGGCUGGGGGAGCAUUAUGUACUGGACAGGAAAAUCUAGAGGAUGUGGAGACUGAGUUGUUGGAUGUUUCCAACCUCAGGCCAGAGUAUAAUGUGUACAAGGCUGUGUAUGCUCUGGCCUAUGCCCUUGAUGACCUGCUGCAGUGUGAGCCAGGGAGAGGGCCUUUCAGCGGGCACAGCUGUGGAAAUUUGCAAAGACUGGAGCCAUGGCAGGUUCUCCAUAAUCUGCAAAAGGUCAACUUCACCACAUCAUUUGGUGAUCAAGUGUCAUUUGAUGAGAAUGGCGAUGCUUUACCAAUAUAUGAUAUCAUGAACUGGCUGCAGCUCCCUGAUGGAACAAUAAAACUGCAGAAUGUGGGUGAGGUCAAGAGGUCGGCUUUCAAAGGGGAAGAACUCAGAAUUGAUGAAGAUAAAAUCUUCUGGAACUUUGAAUCUACUAAGCCACCACGGUCUGUGUGUAGUGAAAGCUGUCCUCCAGGCACCCGCAUGGCCAGAAAGAAAGGGGAACCUGUGUGCUGCUUUGACUGCAUCCCUUGUUCUGAGGGAAAGAUCAGUGAUGAGACGGACUCCAUGGAGUGCAAGAGCUGUCCAGGGGACUUCUGGUCCAGCCCUGAGCGUGACAACUGCGUUCCUAAGAAAACAGAGUUCCUGUCCUUCCAUGAGCCUCUGGGUAUCUGCUUGACAGCUGGCUCAUUACUUGGCACAUCUAUCUCUGCUAUUGUCCUGGGGAUCUUCACCUUUCAUCGAAGCACACCUAUGGGGCAGUUUCAUCUAAAUGGGAUGCACAAAGCUGGAGAUGUGGUUCUAGGUUCAUACAGCGUACCAAUGGUGAGUUAUUUUGCCACAUGUUCCUGUCUGAGUGACCGGCAGAAGUUUCCAUCCUUCUUUAGGACGAUCCCAAGUGAUGCUUUCCAGGUGCUGAGGCAGAAUGUGACAGGCCUUCAGUGGAUUGCAAGUGAAUCCUGGAUAGCAGCUACUGCAUUUCAGACCCCCCAUCUCCUGCCAUACCUGGCUGGCAUUCUAGGCAUCGCCAUCCGUCGAGGAGAAAUACCAGGGCUCAGGGAAUACCUGCUACAAAUACGUCCAGACCUUUACCACAACAACAGCUAUGGAAAUAACAUAGUGAAACUGUUUUGGGAAUACACAUUUCAGUGUAGAUUCCCACCACCUCCAGAGGGUUGGGUGGACGAUGGAGGAGCAUUAUGUACUGGGCAGGAAAAUCUAGAGGAUGUGGAGACUGAGUUGUUGGAUGUUUCCAAUCUCAGACCAGAGUAUAAUGUGUACAAGGCUGUGUAUGCUCUGGCCUACGCCCUUGAUGACAUGCUGCAGUGUGAGCCAGGGAGAGGGCCUUUCAGUGGGCACAGCUGUGGCAAUUUCAAAAGACUGGAGCCAUGGCAGGUUCUUCAUUAUUUGCAAAAGGUGAACUUCAUCACCUCAUUUGGUGAUCAAAUGUCAUUUGAUGAAAAUGGCGAUGCCUUACCAAUAUAUGAUAUCAUGAACUGGCUGCAGCUCCCUGAUGGAACAAUAAAACUGCAAAAUGUGGGUGAGGUUAAGAGGUCGGCAUUCAAAGGUGAAGAACUCAUAGUUGAUGAAGAUAAGAUAUUCUGGAACUUGAAAUCACAAAAGCCACCACGGUCUGUGUGUAGUGAAAGCUGUCCUCCAGGUACCCGCAUGGCCAGAAAGAAAGGGGAACCUGUGUGCUGUUUUGACUGCAUCCCUUGUUCUGACGGAAAGAUCAGUAAUGCGACUGAUUCCAUGGAGUGCACCAGUUGUCCAGAGGACUUCUGGUCCAGUCCCCAGCGUGACCACUGUGUUCCGAAGAAAACAGAGUUUCUCUCCUACCAUGAGCCUCUGGGUAUCUGCUUGACUAUAACCUCAUUACUUGGCACAUGUAUGUGUGCUAUUGUCCUGGUCAUCUUUAUCUAUCAUCAUAGCACACCUAUGCUGAAGAGUUGGACAGGAAACAGGGGACAGUUUCAUCUUAAUGAGAUACAAAAGGCUGGAGAUGUUGUUUUAGGUGGGCUAUUUCAGGUCCACUUCUUCUCUGUGCUUCCUGACCUGUCUUUUACCUCAGAGCCACCACAGCCUACUUGUUAUGGUUUUGAUGUUGUAGGAUUUAGGAGGGUCCAGACCAUGGCCUUUGCCAUUGAUGAGAUCAACAGAAACUCCAAUCUGCUACCUAAUGUGACUCUGGGAUACAGUCUUUACGAUCACUGUGUCAAACUAGGGAUUUCAUUUCGUGCAGGAUUAUCUGCAGUCAGUGGUCAAGAGGAGCAGAUUAUAUUAGAUGAGACCUGUGCAGGAACUCCUCCAGUCAUAGGGAUUGUGGGUGAUGCUUCUUCUACACAUUCUAUUGCAAUUUCCUCUGUCUUAGGUUUGUACAGAGUACCUAUGUUUCCAUCCUUCUUUAGGACAAUCCCAAGUGACGCUUUCCAGGUGCAGGCUAUGAUUCGAUUACUCACACGUUUUGGCUGGAGCUGGGCAGGUCUGCUGGUCAGUGAUGAUGACUACGGACUCCACGCUGCUCGGUCCUUCCAAUCUGACCUGGCACACUCUGGUGGAGGUUGUCUUGCCUACUUAGAGGUGUUACCAUGGAGCAAUGACCCAAAUGAACUAAGGAGGAUCGUGGAUGUGAUGAAGAAAUCCACAGCUCGUGUGGUCAUUGUGUUUGCACAUGAGAGUUACAUGAUGAACCUCAUGGAAGAGGUGGUGAAGCAGAAUGUGACAGGCCUGCAGUGGAUGGCCAGUGAAGCCUGGACAGCUUCUACUGUCCUCCAGACACCUGACUUCAUGACUUACCUGGCUGGCACACUUGGCAUUGCCAUCCGUCGAGGAGAAAUUCCAGGCUUCAAGGAAUUCCUGCUACAAAUUCGUCCUGACAUAGACCAAAACAACGGCUACAGAAAUACCAUGGUAAGCCAAUUUUGGGAGUUCACAUUUAAAUGUAAAUUCACACCACCCCCAGCAGGUUGGGUGGAGGCUGGGGGAGCUGUAUGUACUGGACAGGAAAAUCUAGAGGAUGUGGCGACUGAGUUGUUGGAUGUUUCUGAUCUCAGGCCAGAGUAUAAUGUGUACAAGGCUGUGUAUGCUCUGGCCUACGCCCUUGAUGACAUGCUGCAGUGUGAGCCAGGGAGGGGGCCUUUCAGUGGGCACAGCUGUGGCAGUUUGAAAAGGCUGGAGCCAUGGCAGCUAGUGUAUUACCUGGCAAAAGUUAACUUCACUACAACAUUUGGUGAUCAAGUUUCAUUUGAUGAGAAUGGUGAUGCCUUAGCAAUCUAUGAUGUCAUGAACUGGCUGUGGCUCCCAGAUGGAACAACUAAAGUUCAGAAUGUGGGUGAGGUCAAAAGGUCAGCAUUCAUAGAUGAAGAACUCACAAUUGAUGAAGACAAAAUCUUCUGGAACUUUGAAACAAAAAAGCCACCCCGCUCAGUGUGCAGUGAAAGCUGUCCUCCAGGUACCCGCAUGGCCAGAAAGAAAGGGGAACCUGUGUGCUGUUUUGACUGCAUCCUUUGUUCUGAGGGGAAGAUCAGUAAUGGCACUGAUGCCAUGGAGUGCACCAGCUGUCCUGAGGACUUCUGGUCCAGCCCCCAGCGUGACCACUGUGUUCCGAAGAAAACAGAGUUUCUCUCCUAUCAUGAGCCUUUAGGUAUUGGCUUGACAGCUGCCUCUUUGCUGGGCACAUGUAUGUGUGCUGUUGUCAUGGGCAUCUUUAUUUAUCAUCACAGCACACCCAUAGUACGUGCCAACAAUUCGGAGCUGAGUUUCCAGUUACUGCUGUCUCUGAAGCUUUGUUUCCUGUGUUCACUGCUGUUUAUCGGUCGUCCCAGACUGUGGACAUGCCAGCUGAGACAUGCAGCAUUUGGGAUCAGCUUUGUGCUUUGUGUCUCAUGCAUUUUGGUAAAAACCAUGGUGGUUCUAGCUGUAUUCAAGGCCUCCAAGCCAGGAGGGGGAGCCAGUCUGAAGUGGUUUGGAGUUCUGCAGCAGAGAGGGAUUGUUAUUGUUCUCACAUCUGUUCAGGCAGCAGUCUGCACUGCAUGGAUUGUAUGUGCCUCACCAACUCCUCAUAAAAACACUCAGUACUACAAUGACAAGAUAGUUUAUGAGUGUGCAGUUGGAUCCACAGUUGGUUUUGCAGUGUUACUGGGCUAUAUUGGCUCAUUGGCUUUACUCAGUUUUCUGAUUGCAUUUAUAGCAAGGAAUCUUCCAGAUAGUUUCAAUGAGGCAAAACUCAUCACCUUCAGCAUGCUGAUCUUCUGUGCUGUGUGGGUGGCCUUUGUCCCUGCUUAUAUUAGCUCACCAGGCAAAUAUGCAGAUGCAGUGGAGGUGUUUGCCAUAUUGGCCUCCAGUUUUGGUCUCUUGGUGGCACUGUUUGGACCCAAAUGUUACAUAAUCCUGCUGAGACCAGAGAGAAACACUAGGAAAGCAAUCAUGGGUCGAGAAAUUCAAACAUAAUAAAGGCACUUAUUUUCACAAUA